AUGACCGCAACGCUGGAAGACGUUGCAGGAGAGAGUUUUGACUUCGUCAUCUGUGGGGGUGGCACUGCGGGCCUUACGCUGGCAGCGAGGUUGACGGAGGACCCGAGCGUUUCUGUCCUCGCGUUGGAGGCGGGGGCGGCGCACAUCGACGAUCCGGACACCUUGCGCCCUGCCUCACAUGGAAGCCAGUUUGGGAAUGAGUCUUACGACUGGAGCUUCCGAACUGUAUCCCAUUCCGAGGUGCACCAGACUCGAUGUCGUGACACUCAUCAUGUCUGGAAUCGAGGUAAAGGUCUUGGAGGGAGUUCAAUUAUCAAUUUUAUGGUCUGGACGAAGCCAACGGCGGAAGAGAUCAAUGAUUUCGAACGGCUUGGGAAUCCAGGGUGGAACUGGAACAAUUACCAGAAGUACGUAGCAAGAACGGAAGGGUUCAUUUCUCCACAUGAAGAAGUACAGAGGACGUUCAAGCUGAAUUACGAUGCAGCAAACGUCGGCAGCGAAGGGCCGCUCAAGAUCACCUAUCCUGCAACCAUCGAUCCGGCCGAGUUGAAAAUGCAGCAGACUUUGAUCAAUGCGGGCGUCCCCGUCGCAGCUAACCCGAUGGGCGGUGAUCCGGCGGGAGCAUAUUUCGCACCGAGCACGUACGACCCGGUAACGCACACACGGUCAUAUGCAACAACUGCGUUUUAUCUCCCAAACGCUGAGCGUCCAAAUCUCAAAGUUCUCGUAUGCGCACAUGCAAGACGGGUGUGCACGAUCUCUGCGCCGAACGGGAAUCUUACUGCAGUCGGUGUGGAGUUCGAGCAUGCAGGCAGGCUGUACACUGUCAGUGCGAGAAAAGAAGUUGUUAUCGCCAUGGGAGCCUUGCAAUCUCCUCAAAUGUUGGAACUGUCCGGUAUCGGCAACAAAGAAGUGCUUGAGAAGGUCGGCAUCCCAACGAAGAUCGACCUUCCUGGUGUUGGAAGGAACGUACAGGAACAUCUUGAAAUCGGUGUCAGCUUUGAGCUGAGAGAUGACGCUAAAUUCGAUACACUUUGCCUCUUGCGUGACCCCGCUGUGGCCGCAAAACAUCUGGAAUUGCAUAAAUCUGGUUCGGGUUUGUAUACGACAGGGAUUACCAACUUUGCCUUUGUCUCUCCAAAAGUUGCUUCCUGUAACAUCGAUGAAAUCGCUCGAGCUGCGAGGGCUAAAUUUACAGAAAAUGCGGCUUCGUACCCUCCGGGGCUACUGGAACAGUACGACAUCCAACUCAGACGACUCGAGGCAGGAGAGCCGCUGUGCGAGAUCAUCAGUUAUCCAGGCUUCAUGUCUACUCCCAAUCCUCCAUUGCCAGGCAAACGCUAUGUGACCUUCACGAUCGUACUGAAUAGCCCCUUCUCUAGAGGAUCAAUCCAUUGUUCUUCGAGUGAUCCCCUGGCGGAUCCAGAGCUCGACCCUCACUACCUAGAGGAAGAUAUUGAUCUGCAGAUCAUGACUGAGAUGGUGAAGUUUGUCAGAGGAUUCGCGCAGGUUCCGCCUUUCAAAGAUAUGAUAUCGAAGGAGCUGAAUCCUGGUGCUGAAAUCAAGGAUGACAUCGAAAUCAUCAAUUUCAUCAAGAGGAACUAUACGAUUGGCUCAUGCUCUAUGCUACCGAAGGACCGCGAUGGAGUAGUCGAUCCUGAGUUGAAGGUCUCGCUGUCGCGUUCUGCCGUGUCUUCGCCAGGUUGA